UCUCCCGUUGUACUCUGAACAUACCAAACAAACAACCAAUGGCUAAAACCAGAGGAUCUUGCUUCGCAAUCGUUAUUUUAGCGAUUGCACAUCUGUGUAACUGUGAAGAAGCUGUCUUGUCGAAAGAACAGGACAAGGUCUCGAAGCUGCCCGGUCAGAAUUUCAAUGUAAACUUUGCUCAUUAUUCUGGGUUCGUUACAACGAAUGAGAAACUGGGAAGAGCGCUCUUCUACUGGCUCUUUGAAGCUGAUGAAGAUCCUGCCUCUAAGCCUCUUGUUCUCUGGCUCAAUGGAGGACCAGGAUGUUCAUCAGUUGGGUUUGGUGAAGCAGAAGAGAUAGGACCAUUUCACAUUAAGCCAGAUGGGAAGAGUCUUUACCUUAACCAAUAUUCUUGGAACCAAGCUGCGAACAUUUUGUUCCUUGAUGCACCAGUUGGAGUUGGCUUUUCAUACUCAAACACUUCAUCUGAUUUGCGUACCAAUGGUGAUAAGAGAACUGCACAAGACUCGCUGAUAUUUCUUCUGAAAUGGGUUGAGCGGUAUCCGGAGUACAAAGGAAGAGAGUUUUAUAUAGUCGGGGAGAGCUAUGCAGGGCAUUACAUUCCUCAGCUGAGUCAAGCCAUUGUAAGACAUAACCAAGCCUCUGGCCAAAACAUUAUUAAUCUGAAAGGUUACAUGGUAGGAAAUGGAUUGAUGGAUGAUCUCCAAGACCAGCUCGGUCUUUACCAGUAUAUUUGGACGUUGGGUUUCAUCUCCGACCAAACGUACACCUUACUGAAACUUCAGUGUGGUUUGGAACCCUUUAUUCACUCCUCUGAAGCCUGUAAUAACGCUCUGGAGAUAGCGUACAAGGAAAUGGGUAACAUAGACCAUUACAGUGUCUUCACACCGGCCUGUGUUGCAAGUGCUUCCCAGUCAAGAAUGUUGCUAAAGAGAAGAAGACCAGUGAAUAGCCGUGUGAGUGAACAGUAUGAUCCUUGUACGGAGAAACACUCCAAAGUGUAUUUCAAUCUCCCAGAGGUUCAAAAAGCCCUCCAUGUCCCACCACAACUUGCACCAUCCAAAUGGGAUACUUGCAAUUAUGUCGUGAAUGAAAACUGGAACGACUCUUCUUCCUCGGUUCUAGACAUUUAUCACGAGCUUAUAGCUGCUGGGAUUCGCAUAUGGGUUUUCAGUGGAGACGCAGAUGCUGUUGUACCAGUCACAUCAACUCGGUACAGCAUAGAUGCUCUAAACCUUAGUACAAUUAGUCCAUAUGGCCCUUGGUACAUAGACGGGCAGGUGGGAGGGUGGACUCAGCAGUAUGCUGGUCUAAACUUUGUGACUGUGAGAGGCGCAGGGCAUGAAGUUCCUCUGCACAGACCAAAGGAGGCUCUUGCGCUCUUCAAGGCUUUUAUAUCUGGAACUCCAUUAUUGUCCACACCGGAGAAAAACAUCAGGAGCGAGAUGUCUGAACUCGUUAGUGACUCGUGAUGAGUUCUGAUAUAAUGAAGAUUCUCUCCAGUCAAAACUUUCUAGUCAUUGUAUGAAGAAGAGAGGGAGAGAAUAAAUAAGAGAUUUUUAUGUCUUGGUUUGGCUGGUUCUUCCUCUUCUUCUCUUUGUUUGUUUGAAACAUUUUUAAUGUUAGGUUCUACCAUAUGUACAAUCCAAAUUCAAGAAAACACAUUGUGUUUAUGAGAAAUGGAAAAGUAGGUAUGAACUUGUUAAAGAGUA